AGCAGAGGGGGACUCGCAAGUUCGCACGCAUAUACCGGCAGCGUACAUUGGCGCACGGCCAACGGCGAAUUCGUUCGCCGGCUCCCAACAAGAACGCGUCGUCGCCGACAUACACAGCGUGAGCGCCAACCUAACCGAGGGGGAGAACGUAUAUAGAUAUAACCGCUAUUAAUCCUACGGUCGUGGGCGAGUCGGUUCCGUGAAAAUGGCCGGGGAAAAGCGCAACCAGGAUCAGGACGAGAUCUCGUUCGCGAGGACGAUACUCGUCGACAUCGAAGGCACCACCACGAGCAUCAGCUUCGUUAAGGAGACCCUCUUUCCUUACGUGCGCCAGAACUUGAAAGAUUACAUCGAGACAAAGUGGGAAGACGAAGAAUUCAAGCAAGAUUACGAAAAGUUGAAAGAACAGGCAAAAAAGGAUGAGGAAGAUAAGUCAGAUGGCUUUGUUGCGAUUACUGGUGAUAAUCCCGAAGAAAAGAAAGAAUCACUUUUGAAAAAUAUUUUGUGGCAAAUGGAUAACGAUCGUAAGACAGGUGCAUUGAAACAAUUGCAAGGACAUAUGUGGCGUGAAGCAUAUAAAACAGGAACAGUUAAAGGACACGUUUAUGAAGAUGUUCCCAAAGCGUUUGAAUCAUGGACAAGCAAUAGUAAAAAAAUAUACGUCUAUUCAAGUGGCAGUGUUGAGGCACAAAAGCUUCUUUUCGGGUAUUCUGUACAUGGUGAUUUGCUUAAGUAUUUCAGUGGUUUCUUUGAUACAGAAGUAGGUGCAAAACAAGAAAGUGACAGCUAUAAAAAUAUACUAAGUAAAAUCGACGAGAAAGCAUCCGAUGUUGUUUUCCUUACUGAUGUUGUAAAAGAAGCUGCAGCUGCCAACAAAGCAGGUCUAUCAACAAUAAUCGUAGUACGUGAGGGUAAUGCUGCACUAACUGAUGAAGAAAAAGCUACUUAUACAACCAUUAAGUCUUUCUCGGAUUUAACAUUUCAAACGUCCACAAAGCGGCAAAAGUUAGAAACAGCAGAUGACAAAGUUGAUGAAGGCACAACCAACGUCAGUGAGCCAAUGGACACUUCUGAAGAUGUAGAAAUGACUGAUGUCAGCGAUAAAAAAAUUGAAAAAAACGAUGUGAAAGAAACAAUUGAAUCGGUAGGAAGCGAAUGUGUAAAGGAUCAACCGUCAGGAGAUACUUCAGUUUCUUCUGGGCAAGUGGAAGAAUCAAUGGCGGUUGAGAAAGAUCUUCCAAAAACUGAACAGGAGAUAACACAAUCCGAUGCCAAACCUAAAGAUACAAAUGAGGAUACAGGUUCCUCUGAAGACGCGAAAUCUACCGGGAAAGAUGAUGUUACAACUCUAGCCACAAAAGACGAUGACAAAAGCACUGUAACAGAGAAGACUGAAGAAACUUUAGAUACAAUUGCUACUGAAAUUACUGCCGCUGCCGAUGAUUCUAUGGAUGUAUCCGUAUCAGAAUCUGUGUCAAAGUCUGAGACCACUCCCACAUCUUCCGAAAAAAAGCUUGAAGAUUCUACAGACAUUGCAAAAGAUAAACAGGCCGAAGAUGUCGAUAAAAUUCAAACUACUGAAGAUGACAAAAAAACAGAUGACAUUGAGUCACAGUCAAAAAUUUGUGAUAAAAAUAUAGCAAACAAAUCUGAAGAAUGCUUGACAGCGAAAAAAGAUGAAGAAAAGGAAGAAUCAAAGAUUAUUUCAGAUACAUCUGAAAGCGAGAAUUCUUUAGCAAAGAGCGAACAAGAAGUAACAAAAAUGGAGACGACUGCAACAGAUAUCACAGAAAAUGGAGAGACCGUAGAAACAGCCGCGGAAAAAACAACAGUAUCAGUAACGACAGAAACGGAAGUAACAGUUACGGACACAAGAAAAGAAGAAACAGCAUCUACCGAAGUAUCUGCAGAGAAGAGUUUAGAAGUUGCAGAAUCUGAAAAAGUUGAAGAAAAGGCGGUCCAAGGAAUAGAAACGAAGACGACUGAUGCUGAUACACGUGAGAAUGAAACUACGCAGGAGACAAUAAAAGAAGAGGAGACAGUGAAAGAAGAGAAUGUAGUGGAUACGAAGGACAAAAAUACAGUGGAUUUGGAAAAGCAAAAACUCAACGGAACCACGCAAAACGGAGAUACGGAUGUGCCAGUGUUGGAUGACAAAUUACAUAGUAACGGACUGAAUGAAGGGUCAUCGAAGGAGGCGACGAACGAAGACGCGGCAGCGCAAAAUGGUGAGCCUGAGAGUUUGUCAGAAAAUAGUGCGGAAUCCAUAAAAGUUAAAAAAGUCGUCGAUUCCGCUGUAGCCGACGGUGCCGGAGAAUCCGACGUUGUUCCUCCUGUAGUAGUAGCGACGUCUUAACUUUGUUCUUACAAUUUAAGGAAGCCCUUCAUGCAUAACCCCCAUCCACAAGUACUUAUUCGCAGGUAUAAACUGAUAUUAAUUGAUCCUCACGUAUACUUUAUGUAAAUCGUACGUCAAAAACGUAACGCGCUACUUUAAGAUGCAGUUCGUAAAACCACCGUUUGUUUCGGCGGCUCUAUAACGAAAGAAUUAGAAAAAUAGUAUGAUACGGAAAGACGCUUCGGAUUUUUUAUUCUUCUAUUAUCACAGCUGUACAAUUUUUUAAUGAUUAUCAACUUCUAUUUAUCGUUAAUGUUUUAUGUUAACUCGUAUAUAUAUACGCUGCUUUUCUAUAUUACGAAAGUCGGCUUUUAUCGUUAAUUUUUUCAUGUUUGAUUUUCGAUUGUGACAAUUUUUAUAAGGAAAAACAAUGAAUUGUUGUAAUUAAAGUUACAAAAUUUUUUAGAGCUGUAAUCUCGCACGUGAUCGUUCUAGAAGUAAUCAAAUAUGUCGUCAACUAUAAUUAUUUACUACGUAUUCUUGAGGGGCUUUUUUCUAAUAUUACUCUACAACGUGUAUUGACAUCUUUUUUAUACUGCCUAAACGAAACUAUACAUGAAAACUGAUAGGAUAGGUAAUUUCAAUAGAGUUGCAGUAUGUUAAAAUAUCGAUUGUAUCUGUGCCAAAUGAAUUUCACUGUUUGAAAUUUUGUUGCCUUUAUUUUUCUUUUUAGUGUUUUUCACUUGAUAAUUUUACAAGUAACAUUCAGAGAUCUGGUCGAUGUUUUAUUUUACUGCUGCCGUGAAAUUGGCUAAGAAUAAUUAUUUUAAGACUGGUAUUGGUACCGCCUUUAACAGUUGCUAUCUUGUAGAUUAUAUCAUAAAUCUUCGUUGCGCACAGCAUAUUUAACUUUGUGAAUUAAUAAACAAUGAAUUUCAAGUUUAAAUAAUUGUAGAUACAUCGCACAAUAAGCUUCACUCGAUUACGUUAAUUUUGCUCGCGUUUUUGUUACAUAAGGUUUUAACAUUUUUUUUAAUAUUAGGACUUUUUAAUAUCGAUACGCUUUCUGCCGUCGUCUGCCUAACAUGGUUCGCGUAAUGUAAUUUUCUUUUUAAUGAACGUUGCAAUACGGAACCGUCGACUAGCUAAUGUCGCGAAACAUUUUCAAAGAGCCUAAAAAAAGUGUACUUUAUAAUUUUUAUAUUUUACAGUUUCGUGAUUUAGUUCACAGUUGCUCAGUUUUAGAGGGGAAUGGUUCUAUAUGAUUACUUGAAUAAAUCGGUAAUUACAAUUUUAAUAAAAGUUACGUAACCAAUUGGAUCCAUUCUCUUCUAUGUUUAAUUACAUAAUUGGGAAACACUCGCGGAAGAGCAUAUCGACUGGUAGAUUUACUCUGUCAUUCCUAUAAAUUAAUAUUGUGUUAUAGAGUCUACACAUAUGGAACGCGUUUAUAUUAUCGCUUUACAGUUAAUCUAAUAGUAAAUGUAAUCGUCUGCAUAUUAUACUCUGCACUAAUGUACUCUAAAAGCUACUAUACAUGAAAAUAUCCACAAGUAUAGAAAUGUAAAAUGCAAAAUACAUGUACUUUGACUCAUAGCAUCUAAUAUAUAUACAUAUAUACAUGUAUAUUAUAUCUAAUAUACGUAUAUAUACGUAUACACAUAUAAUAUAUAUAUUGUGCCAAAAAUGUGAUUAAUAUCGAUUUUAUCGGACAAAAUAUUUAUGCUUUUAUAUAAUUUUACCCAGUUUUAUAUAUUUUAUAGUAGCUUUUGGUGUAUCUUCUUUUUGUGCUUUUAUAUGAAGUUGCUAUAGGUAGAUAAAUGAUGAUAAAGAUACUUUGUAUCUUUGUCAGCUAACUAUUUAGAUUACGUGCAAAGCGAUAAUGUAGAUAUAUCGUGUGUAGACUAUCGCUCAUUUUUGUGAUGCUCAAUAUUUUAAAAUGUCUAUGGAAAUAAUACUAGAAAAUAAUGACAAUAGCGGUUAAAGUGGGAUCGCGCUUUCAGCAAAGAAUCGCUUAUUAUUAUUUUUACUGCUAAUCAUUAUAUCCAUUCCUGUUAAAUUGACUGUGAUUUAAGAAUAUUGAUAGACAUAGGUUGCUCGAAAUGAUUCGUUGUUAUCAAUGCGCGAAAGCGAUCGUCUUCGUCGAAUGAUAUUCCAUUGCGACUAUUAUUUUUAUUCGGAUUUAGUGUGCCCGCGUCUAGUCGAAGUCAGUCAGAAGUUAGAAGUGGCGGAGACUUCUAUAGAUCGAUAGACGAUUUCGCGUUGUUUGCUUUACAUUACGUUUGCCAACUAUGCUAGGAAGACGCGAUGAGAAGGAAACGCGAUAUGUCUCGUACGUCUACGUUAGUGUGUAACAGGAGUGAACACAGAUAAUCAAUACGAGAGCAAGCACAAUUUCAUAUUUUACGGUAUAUAUUCUUGACAGACCUCGCAUAUUUUAUUUAUAAGUCCUUUCGAAAAGGUGUGUGGCGGUUCGAUACUUGCGACAGAUUGUAUUAUUCUCACCAUUAUAUCACUCGUCUCGAAGUAGUCAAGACAAGAGCGAAACAUGUUUUUCACGUUCACCGAGACACUCAUAGUCUAAAGUCUGUUCUACAAUAACAGUAAACACAAGACGUAAGGUUGUAAUGUAAGAAAUGAAAAUUUUUCAUUCUCUUACGAGCUCUUAAAACCAUGCCUUACAACCUUACGGUCUUGUGUUUAUGCUAUUGUAGAACAGGCUCUUAAGAUCGAAUCAUUUUUCAUAUGUACAUGUACGAUGGCAUGGAUAAAUGACUCGAUCUCACUUAUCUAUUCCACCGAAUAUAUACGCAUUUUAAUAGCGAUUUUAAAAUCGAUGUAUGAAUUAACGAGAAUGGCAAGUGUUAUGUCCUAUAAUUGUGUAGAUUAACUGAGAAAUCAAAUAAUCAGAGGAAACGCAUGAUACGAGUUUCUCAAAUUUUUUCUACCUAUCGACUGAUCAUUGACUGAUAUUAUUAUAUAAAAGUAAAAAAAACUGCCAUGAUUUAUAACAAAAGUUAGCUCGAAGGUGAGGUGACGAUGUGUUCCAGGCUCUUUUCGGCUGACUUUCACGACAUCGCCCAAAUCAUCACUUCCAUAUCAUUCAUACUACUGUUUUGCGUCAAUAGUCGAGAAGGCCAAAGUGCACAUCUUGAUCACACGUUCGAGUACAAGUCAUACUCAAUUCCUGAUCACGUUAUAUGAUUUUUUAACACUUUCAAUGUCAUGGUGAUCAUGCCAAUGUUCGUUUUAUUAACAUGUAUGAAAUGUUAGAUAUUUGCAGAUGUUGCUAAUUGAAAAAAAAAACUAACAUUUACUUACAUUUAAAUUACAAUCAUAGAAUAUAUAAUCUCUAAUUGGGCUUUUACAAAAAUGUAUCUAUACAACAUUGAAUGUGUUAAUUCUAGCGAUGAUUGAACUGAUUUAUCGAGCUUUAAAUAAUAUUGAAUGAGGACAGUAUUAAAUUAUUGACUAUUUUAACUCGGGGAUCUUGCCCCAAAAAAUUAAGACUGUUGCGUUUGGGCCUAUUUCGUAAAACUCAGUAAAACGAUAAAAGUUUAUAUAAUCUUUUGAAAUAAAAUUUUGUGCUGCUUGUGUAUUUGUAACAUUAAAUAUCUUUGUAAUUAAAUUUUGAAUUAGAAUUUUAUUGAAGUAAUGAAAAUAAUAUCAAAGUAUUGUGUUAAUUUUUUGUUACAAAUUUUUUUACUUUGGAAACGAAAAAUAAUUUCAUACAAAAUAAUCGACUUUACAUCAUAUAAAUUUGAAUACAUUUUUUAGAAUUUCGUAUCUUUCUAUUAUAUGCAUUACACUGUAUGUGGGCAAAUAUUAUUAUAUUUAUUAUCAUGUUUUUUCCAAUUAUUAUUAAUGCAAAGUUUUUAACAGUUUAAGGUCUAAUGCAUUCAAUGUUUUAACUCAUGCAUAAAAGACUGUGAAUGAACAAAACCCGAUGUAACACUGCCUCGUUGUUUAUACGAAAAUGUCUCGAUUAAAAUCCAUAUCAAUCAUGUAUUACUAUUGAGAUUCGGAUUAUGUUCAAUUUUAAGACGACACGUGCAACGCGGUUUCGUAGUUUCGCAAUUUAGCAAUAAAUUUGUAAGUUGCGACUCCGAUAAAAAAAAUAGAAAAAAAAAUUUCUGUAACAUUGCGUCUUUAUUCGAACGUAACUCACGAGAAACUGCCGUCUUUUCAAAGCGUUAAAAUUAUACAGGCGAAAUGCUCGAAUAAAAAAAAAUCCAACGUAGGUCUAUUAACAAGAGUAACCUUACCAUAUUCAUUAGCAAUAUUAUUGUUUGUAAUUCAUUGGCUAUAUUAUCUGUAAUACAUCAAUAUAAUUGUAGGAGAGAUGUAAGGACUUCAUCGAUACUUUCUAACUUUUAAGACUAGAUAUCCCCACGGGGAGAAGAGUGGAAAUUAAAUACCAAGAAAAUUUUUCACUUAAAAUUCAAUUAAUAAUUUUUCUUGGUAAAAUUCGUUUUUUUAUAUGUGUUUAUUAUUAAUGUUUUAAUUAUAGAGCUAUACGUAUGAAAACUUUUUUAAGCAAAUAUAUAUAUUUAUUUAAAAUAAGAAUAAUUUGUGCCGUUUAUAUACAAUUUGAAUAUGUAUGUAUCUAAAUAUUUUCUAUCAUUGAAUCUGAGGUUGAGAAAUUUUUAAUUUAUAAUGAUUGCAUCAAUAUAUGUAACAGCUAAAAUGAUCUUUCUUUUUUUAAGAUUUUUAUAAUUUGUAAUUCUAUGUAUCUUAAGGCACUAAUCACUCUUAAAAAAAUUUGAAAUAUCUUUCUAUCACUUUGAAUAUCAACUUUGUAUGUACAUCUGGUAUUUGGUUUCCACUCCUCAGUUGUUCCUACAAACCCGUCGCAUUUCCCUUUAGUUUCGUUUUCUUCUCACACUUGUGCUUUCGACGAAUCACUUAAAGUCCGUGCUAGAUUAGAGAUUGAAAUUGAAUUGGAAUUUAACCAAUCUCAAGUUUAGUGAACUUUGUUUCGAUUAGUCAUAUUCCAAUCCAAUCUCAAUCUCUAGGUAGUCUGAUCACGGCUUUAAGUUCUUUCCCCACGGGAAAAUUAUAGUUAUGAUUAUUAUUCUUCAUAGUGUUCUCGCAAAUAUUCGUGUGUGUACGUUAGAUUAUGAAAACACGAGUGGUAUAUAGCUGAGUUUGAUUUUUUAAUUUAUAUUUGCUCGUACAUCAAUCACUCUAUCGCUGGAUCCCUAUAUUAUAUAUUUACUAAAUAAAUCCCCAAAAAUAUGCGUUGUACAGAACUAAUCAGUAAAUUUUGUUCUUUCUUUGAAUUUUGAUUGCAUUCGUAGAGCAAAAUAAAUAAAUUUUGCAACUAGAAUUAUGACGUUUAUUUUUAUUUCAGUCACCCAUGUAACGUAUCGUGUAAUAUGUAUGUACGAAUUCUAAAAGUUAUGUGUAUUGAAAAAAAAAAUGCGAACUGUAUACAUAUGCUAAUCGAACUUGAUCAAUAAUCAAUCGAUUUACGAAAGAUAAAAUUGUUUCUUUUUUUUUUUAUCAUUAAUUUUAAUAUGUGUAUGGAUGGACCAUUAAUUUGUUAGAUUCGUAUAGUUUCGGGUAAAAGACUUGAUCGAGAUGCCAAACUCAGAAUAACAAAUUUUAGUCAGAGAAUAACUAUGUAAAGUACAGUUUAUGUGAUAGUAUAAACGUUGUUCCCAACACA